CAUUAGAUGUGUAUUAAAAUGGGAUGUUUCUGUUGCAAAUUUGAAGCAACCAAACCACCAAAAAAAUUAGUGUAUUCAUGGUAAAUAUAUUUCUUAGUCAUAUUAUAAUACCUACAUUAUCUAAACUAAUAAUAUCAUGGUUAGGGUGGAACGUAAACAUUUGGAUCCUGCGGAUUAUGUUAUUGAAAAUUUAAAUGGGGGUAUGGCUUACAAACCACCAGGCUCAGUUUCUGGUCAACAGUUUGUUAUUCGUAAUUGCCAAGGUUCUAAUAUUUACCUGCUGGACCAUGCUGGCUCUAUAACUGUGGAUGAUUGUCAAAGAUGUACAAUUGUAUUGGGACCAACCAAACAAAGGUAAUUAUUAUAAAUCUAAUCUAAUUGGUUUUCAAAUUUAAAUAUUACACACAUUAAUCUUAUUAUUUUAUUCUUGUUUAACUAAGUGUAUUCAUUAUGGUAUGUACAGAAUUUAAUUUAGUUGUAACCUAGUGCAAAUUAUUCAUAUCUAUUUCAUAAAAUGUUACACUUUUCAUUCACAUACUAAGUAGAUAACUCCUAACAUUCACAUAAGUACUAAGUAUGAAGAAUAUUAAAUCUAGUGUAAAACAUUAAAUUUCCCAAUCUAAUGGUGACUUUAUGUGGGUAAUCUAAACAUUUUAGUUUAGUUUAUUUUGAAUUGUAAAAUGACCAUUCCAAAUCGUACUUUAAAAGCAUACUCGAAAAAGGUUAUAUUAAAAACUCUUAAAAGUUUCUUAAACUAUAUAUUUAUUUGAAACUUGCUACAAUGGCUAUUGUUAUCUACGUCUUAUUUCCACAAUUUUAUUUGAAUAUUACAAGUUGAAAUAUAUCUUAUCACUAUUAAAAUGCAAAAAAAUAAAUGGUUGUUUAUCUAUACUGAUGACACAUGUAAAAUAUUUUAAAUAUAUAAAUUGACUUUAAAAAGUAAUAUCUUAUAUCAAUAUAUUUUAGACAAUAAAUAAUAACCAAAUAAUUUAUAUUUCUUAACAUACUAUGUCUAAUAAUAACCCAUUUUAAAUAAUUUCUUCUAUUAAAAUAAAUUAUUUCUAUGUAAAACGACCUAAUCAUAUACAUAUUUUUCUAUGUAUUCCUUCAUUUAAUUUUUUAUAUUCAGUCACUUUUUACAUUUUGACUCUGAUAUGAUGAAUUUUUAAUUUGAAACCAGUCGUAUGAUACACUUAUCAUAAUAUUCCAGGCAACGUAUUUAUUUAUGAAUAUUAACCAUUUUAAUAAUUUUGUUUUUACUUUAUUAUUUCAUUAUUUAUUCUUAAAUGUUUUUUUUUUAAACUAAAUUAUUGUAUAGGUAUUAUAUCUUCUAAUAUAGGUAUGUUUAUAUUCCAGUGUGUUUAUAAGAGAUACAACAAAUACGACAGUGGUAGUGGCCUGCAGCCAGUUUAGAGUACGUGACUGUUCAUCCUUAAAAAUUUCACUGUUUUGCUCGACUCAACCUGUGAUUGAGUCCAGUCGGGAAUUGCAAUUUAGUUGCUAUCAAUUAUAUUAUAAUCAAUUGUCUGGUAGAAUAUUUGGAUUUUUGAUCGUCUUUUCUAUUUUCAUUGCAAUACAUAAAAUGGAUGUUAUUUUUUAGAUCAAUUUAUUAAAGCUAAUCUUAACAUAUGGAACAACAACUGGAGAACAGUUUAUGAUUAUACAUGGAAUGAAGGUGACAAUUGGAUCGUAAACGAAGAACCCAUUGCUAUUGAGCUACCUGAAGAAUUACACAAGUAGGGAUAUUCAUCGAUGGUUAGAUGGGAAAAAAUGUAGCCAUUAAAUAUUCAUUAAUAAGUAUGAAAUUUGUUUAUUUCUUUUUAGGUAUGGUAUCACAAGUGAAUUGAAAAAAUCACUAGUACCACUCACAAAAUGUGAUCAACAGUUAGGGGAAAAUUGUUUUGUUGCAUUUCAAUGUGAAACUGAAGCCGCACAAUUUGUACAAGCUUUAUAUUCACAUGUAAUAUAUAUUGUAUUUCAGUACUAAUUUAUUAAGAAUAAUAUUUUUAAUAUGUUUAUUGAGAAAAAAUAAUAUAGGUGACUAUUUCAAUUGUUAGGUACUUUUUAAUAUUUUUCCAAACAUACCCAUUCAAAAAUUAUCUUUGUUUCUUUUCAUUUGUGUCCAAGUAAAUUGAUGUUAAUGGUAUCACGAGGUUCUUUCAAAAUGAAAUCUAAGCAAAGUACUAAAAAAUAGCCCCAAAAAUGACCUCCACUCCUUUUCACACAUUUCCAGGGCUAAGUGUUAUUCACCAAGCUACCUACUGAUUUAUGCAAUACACAGUGACUAUCACAAUUCGACAUCUAGGUUUUAUUAAUAAAUAAUAUAUUGUGGAAAAUUAGUGUGUUUUAAAACGAGUGUUUUAUUUAAAGACUAAAUUGAAUUUAAUAUAAUAUGUGUAAACAUAUAUUUAUAAGUACCCAGCUAAAAUAUUGUAUAGGUAUUAGGUAUAACUAAAUCAUUUUGUUUUUAAUUGUAUACCUAUGUAUAUUAUUAUAUUAUUUAAAAUUAAAAGAUUUGUUCUUUGAAGAGAUACUUAACUCAUAUGCAUUUAUUUUGAUCUCAUUUGUUUAGACAAGGUAAUCAUUUGAUUAUUUAUUUUUAUCUGACAAUGGAACAUAUAAUUUUCAUUUAUUAACUUUUCAAUGAGAUAUUUAGUUUAAAUGUUUAUCUACAUAUGCUUUUAUAAUAAUAUACUCUAUUGAAUUUGUUAUAUAGGACACAGGCUUAUGGCUGAUUAAAUGCAAUCACUGCAGUGAUAAAGAGGUUCAGGUGUUUCAAGAACGAACAAAAUUCUUUGGAAAUAAAAAAGUUGAUUCAAUAAUCGGUCUAAAAAUACAGGGUACACAUGCUAUAAACAAAUGUUCAGCAGUAAGUAUCAAAAGAUUUAUGGAUAUUAUUUCUAUUGUUAGUUAUUAUCUAAUAUGGUUGAUCACCAACUUUGUGUAGGCAUUAAUGAACACUAUUAAAUUACUCAUUAAUUUUUCAUAUCAUAAUACUAUUCAAUUGUUUAGCAUUUUCUAAACUUUUUAGAGCACUGUGGCUUUUUCAGGAUCAAAUUUAGCAACAACGCCUUAAGUACUAUGUACAUUGAUUAACACAUAUAAACACACAUACAUUUAUUACACUUAAAAAUAUGAUUAAAUAUUAUAAGACAGAAAAACUAAUGGUGAAAAAGAACUCUGAUGUGAUGUAUGUGGCAAAUUGAAAUCAACAAAAAGAAAUUUUAUUAUUUGGUAUAGUUUUUUUUUUCCAUAAUAGCCCUGAAAUGGGCUUGUGGUGUACAAAUUGGUAAUCACUGGUAUAAUUUAGUAUGGUUUAUUGUUAGUUUUAACAUCGUUGAUGGUUGUUUACUGAGGUAUUUAAAAAUAUGUUUGUUAUAAUAGACUGUUAUAAAAUUGAAUGUCUGUGACUAUUGGGUUUAUGUAAAAAUUUGAUCCAAGUUUGUGCUGACACAAUUGAACAAAACAUAUUAAAAAAUAUCCUAUACAAUUUAAAUAGAAAUACUACAUUUAUUUGAUGGAAUAUUUAAAUAUCGCAUACCUACCUAAAUGUAUUUUUAUUAUUUUUUUUUUUUUUUGAUAACCUAUCUACCCAUAAUAACAUUAGUUUUUAUUUUAUUCCAUACUAUUUGUUUUGUUCCUUUUAGAUUUUAGCCAAUGAUUUCCCUCAGUUCACUGCAAUGAUCAGUAAUUCGAAAGCUGAAGCUGAAGAACUAAUUAAAAUGUUUUUCUGCUUAACUGAAGAUGAUUUUCAGCAAUAAAUUAUUUUACAUAACAUCAAUUAAUGUAUUAUUAAUUCAACAGAAUAUAAGUAUCUUUUAUAGUAAAAUUACUAUUAAAUGAUAAAAAAAAAGUAACAAUUUUAAAUUUAUAAUUAAAUUUUCAAUUUAUCACAAAUUAGAAAUAAUUUAAACUAGUAUUAAUUAUUUAAUAUUUAUCAUAACCGAUAUUAUUUGUACAAUUUAUAUGAUUAUUUCAUUGUUAUGUAAUAAUAUUUAAUAUGCCUAUAUAAUUGUCCAUCAAUUUAAAAUUGGUAAAUUUGUAUAUUUUUUUUAAUCUAUCUGUAGUUUGAGGGUCUCACAUUUUUAUUUUAUGUGUAAAUAGUGCAAUUUUAUAUUUUGAUAAGCUAUAUGUUUAUUAUUUUACUAAUUUGCAUUUAUUUAUUUACUAGGUAAUAUCAAUUAUUACAAAAAAAUAGGUAGUGUAUGAUGGUUACAGAAUGGGAAAAUGCCAUUUAUUAAUAAUUUUUUAUUCCAUAUUUUUAAAACUUUUAAGUUCAAACUAUGUAUUGGUAAACUCGGAUUAUUCAGUUUUUGCUUUAACUAUCGAUAGAUUAAAUUAAAUAUUAAUAAGAAAAUAAAUUGUUUAAAAAAUUUAAACUAACACCUAACGGGUCUCAAAUUUACAAAUAUUCACAUAGAAAAGAGUUCUUAAGAUGAUAAGUUUUUUUUUUUAAUUUUUAUUAGCAAUGGUAUAGA